AUUACAGGCGUGAGCCACCGCGCCCGGCCAAUAAUAACUUUUAAACACUAAGAAUGGCAGCUAGUCUCUGUGUAAGCUUGGCCAGCGUGCCUGGCACUGUUCCGAGCUUGCUGUUCUAAGACUGGCAUGCACUUGCUCAUUUAAACGUCACAGCAACCCCCAAAGUUGUCUACCCUUGCCGUCACCAUUUUUCAGGUGAGGAGGCAGAGGCUCAGGGAGCUCUAGCCCGAAUUCGCUCGCUGUCCGCCGGGCCGGUGGCGUUCACCCCGAACCGCGCUGCGCUGCCCCGCCCGGGGCACUAUGGCCUGGGGCCGGACUAUGCCCACCCCACCUCACCCGGCGCCCCCCACCCACGCGCGCUGAGGGUGCGGUGAGCUGAGCGCGGGGCCCAGCAUGUUUCGGCGUCGCCCCCGCCCAGGGGCCCAGGAGGUGGCGCCCAAGGGGCUCCCUGGCGACGGCGACUUCCUACGCAGCCACCCGCGGCUGCCCAAGCUGACCCCGCCCCCGCUCCGAGCGGCCCAGGGCGCGCGGGGCUCCCGGGGCUCGAGGACCCCGCCGGGCGGCGCCGCCUGGUGGCCGGAAGGGGACGCCGAGCCCGGGGUGGGCGUCGGGAGCCCCCCGCCGCGCCUGCCCGCCCUGCCCACCGCGACCCGGCGGGCGGCGGGGAAGCGGGAGCUGCUGCGGUCCCUGCUGCUGCCGCCCCUGCUCUCGGACGGCGCGUCCCGGGCAUCGGCGCCCAGGCAGCCCGGGCCAGGCGAGCGCGAGUGCCCCUGGAGGGGCGUGGCCAGGGAGGACCCCAGCUUCCUGGGCGCCUUCCUAGGAGAGCUCCUCCCCAACAGGUUCCGUGAGUUCCUGCACCAGCUCCGGGACAAGUGCGCAGACGAGGAGCCCGAGCCACUGAGCCACGCUCAGUGGCUCCGGCUCCUCGUCGUCCUAGGAAAGACGUCCCCCAGCCGAUGCUCACCCUGUUUCCUCCCGCAUCUGGCUCCAGCAUCCUCAGCACCGAAACAUCAAAGGGGUGUGUUAGAGCACUGUCGGGGGGCUCCGCAGCGUCCCAACUGCCCAUUCUUCCCAGGCCUGUGGGGCCAGUCACCGCACCUCCAGGACAGUCUUACCAAGAUUUUGCUCCAACAGACACCUGCUCUGGGGGCCCUGAAGGCUGAUCGCCCCCAAUUCAGCACAGUCAGAAAGACCAGCCACAGGCCCUCCAGGAAAGGCUCAGGGCCCCCCAGGCCUCGCUGCCCUUUCCGGGUGCGAUUUGCUGACGAGACCCUGCAGGACAUUCUGCUCCGCUACUGGGAGCGCCGAUGCUCAGCCACACAGAACGUCACUGUGAACCAGAAGGCCGCCCGGCCAGUGGUGUCGGAGCAGGAGUUUGGAAACAUUGGAAAAUUGCUGGAGAGUUUGCCCGAAGACCUGUAUCCUGAGGCCAAGGAGGAGACCCUGGCCAGCUCCUCAUGCUGGCACUGCGCUGGCCUGCCCUCCCAGAAGACACAGGGCGACCUUUCUGAGGACACCUCCAUGAACAGCAGCCUGCCCUUCUCUUCAUGGAAGAAAGAUGCUGUUCAGAGGCCGCGAAGGGGCCUCCAAGCCUUCUUGGACCCCCACAGCCUCCUGGAGAAGGUGGGCAAACAGCCUUGCUCCUGGAAUCAGAAGCUAGAGUCCUUCCUUCCCAGCCUGGUGCUGCAGUCGGUCCUGAAGCAAGGCUGCCCCGAGGAGUACCAUCUCCUCUGGCCCUCCCCAACACUGCAUCGAGCUCAGAGGUGAACACCUGCUAGCCCAAGCACAGGUCACACAGGGCCAGGCCGUGAGGAUCGCCCUUCCUUGCCCCACGAAUAAAGGCGCAUCCCAGGUGGCGGGGACCUGCUCGUAGGUCUCAUACCACAAACCUUUCUUCGUACCUGAUUGCUGGUCUCUGGGUUUUCCUGGAAGGAAGGGGGUUGGAGACACAGCCUGGAUGAGGCUGAGGGGUGGGGACAGGGCAUCCCUGGGGUCCAGGACAUGUACCAAGUGAACCCCUUUUCUGGAAAGUAAGAGACCCUGCCACAGACCUCAGACCUGGGAACAUGCUGGGUGCGAUGGUUCACGCCUAUAAUCCCAGCUCUUUGGAAGGCUGAGGUGGGAGGAUGGCUUGAGCCCAGGGGUUCAAGACCAGCCUGAGCAACAUAGACCCUGUCUUUACAAAA